GAGACAGCGCUCGGAGUCCGCACAUCGGCGCGUCGAUACAUCCUCUGCGCCAGUCGCGGGCCGAGUACCGAUUUUGCCGCACAUGCGCGCGUAUCGAAUGCAUCGCACCUUUUAAAAACAUCGCGAAACACGAAUCAAACGCAUUGUUUUCGUUUAUAAAACACGACGAUGAAAAACGAAGCGCUAGUGGCAUUUUGAAUGCGUCGGGCUACUCGUGCGAUCGAACCUGUGCUGGACGCUGCGGCUCCCGUGUCUCCUCAGGAUGAAGCUCCCCAAAUUUGAUUUAUCGAUGCAGAAGAAGGCGUGCAAGCCCGCCACCCUCGGGCGCAUCUGGCAGGCCAGCCGGCGCGCCCUCAACCUGGACCACGCGCCCGCGCACCAGUUUGCGUGCUGCCAGUGGCAGAACGGACUCACGCCUUCCACGACAUACCUCUUGUACAGAUGGCUGCUGUUCAUAACAGUGGUAUCAACGGGCAUAGCCAGCUUCGUGUGCCAGCGACUGCCGCCGCGGUACGAGGGCCCGAAGGUGGAGCUCAACUACUUCAAAUGGUUCAUCUAUUUCACCAACUGGGGGUUCCUGCUCAUCGCUCUUCAGGCCGGACUCGCGUUGGCGGUCGUUCACCGAUAUAGAUCGCAGAAAUCUUUCAAUAAUCCAUGCGAAGACGACGACGCGCUCAUGCCGCGGCGCCCGCGCACGCCUCUACUUUGCCGCGCGUAUUGGCUGGCGCAGAACGUCGCUACGGACCUCGCCUUCGUCAUCACCCUCAUAUACUGGACCCUGGUCCAUGACCCCAAAAUCCAUGACAUAAACGCAUUAAACCUCCUCGUCCAUGGAGGGAACUCACUCGCGAUGAUCUGCGAGAUACUGGUCACUGCGCAUCCGAUCCGCGCCGCGCAUGCGCUGUACGGUGUCGGCGCAGGCGUCGCUUACGGAGUCUUCAGCGCCAUCUAUUGGUCGUGCGGCGGUACUGACCGAUUCGGAAUGCCAGCCAUAUACCCAGCCUUGGAUUGGAAUAAACCUGGCUCAGCGUUCGGCUUCGUAGCACUAUGCGCGGUGGUUCUUCUGUUCGCGCACGCGUUCGCGACCUGCCUCGCGAUGUUGCGCGCGCGCAUCGCCUCGCGCUUCCGACCCUCGCGCAACGCCGACCGCCUUGCGCUACCAACGCACUGAGAGUACAGGAAAUCUCUCUAAAGGGGAAGCUCUCAAUUUUGAAGACAAGCCACUUUAAUUAGCAGCUUGCUAGCUAUACAGCUAUUUUAAUAAGAAUAGAAAUAAUCGUAACACUUCCCCUUAUAAUGCCAAUGUUUCAGGCAGGGAAUAUCAAGACUAGAGAGAUUGGUGGCAUCAUUAUGUUAAUUAUUAUAAUUUGUCAUUGUCCUACUUUAUCACUCCAACGUCCAGGUUAGCUGUAAGAUUAAUACAUGUGCCAUUUAGCGCGUUCCAGUGAAUUAUCAUUAAAUCCAACUAUUUUUGUACUUAGGUACAAUCAAUAGAUUAGUAAAACUUUUUUGUAGGUAAGACACCCACUCAGUUGACCGACCAUCUGAUGAAGGUCGCGGGAUGACCUAGAUGCGGGCAGCGCAGGACUGGUGGUUAUGGAAAAUCUCUGGGGAAGGCCUUUGUCCAGCAGUGGACCUCAUUGGGCUGAAACGAAGAUGAAUAAUAUUUGGCCUAUUAGAUUUAUUAAAAUGUGAGACAAUAGGUACCCCAUUUCAUCAAUAUUUAUUUAUUUUUAGUUAACUACCUCAAGAUAGUAAUAAAUAAAGAAAAAAAACACAGCUAAGUAUUUGUUUUACUACGGUGACGGUUUUUGAAUAAUUUAUUGUUUCCACGGAUUUUACAAGUUUAUAAUUUCUUGAUGAUGAUCAAAAGCUAACGGACUCUUAAAAACGCUUUUUAAAAUAAUAUACAAAUAGAUUAAUAUAAAAUAAAUAAUUACUGCAAUGGUGUAGUGUGCCUUCUCUUGUCUUAUGCAUAAGAAUAACAGGUUGAUUAUUUUAACUUUGAGAUAUUUGUACAUAAUACAAUGUUCGUAAUUAAUGUGGCUGGUUUCACGAAUCGUAGGUACAUUAUGUAUCACGCUCUUUAGCAACAUGGUCUAACUAUUGUGUGACCUAAGUACUUAUACGUGAGAACUAUAGUAACAUUUGCUAUCGAUUUUGAUUCGAUGAAGUCGAAAUAGCAAAGUAAUCUUAAAAUUGAAUAUUUAUUGUAAUCCUGGACGUUUGAGUGAUUAAUUCCCAGUUAAAAUAUAAACUGGGCCUAUUUAUAAUUGUAAAAAUAUAUUUAUAUCAUAAGAAAGUCUUAACCCAAAGAAGUAGAAGCAUGCAUUUAGUCCGUCCGUGCUUUUCCUUUACAUUCAACACCAAAGCGUUUAGAUCCUACUUACACAUUGAUUUAAAAUUUUGCAUUUACCUACCGGGAUGGUAGGCAGUUAGGUAUGUGCCUAGCUAGCAAAAAUACGGUAUUUUAUGGUGAAAAAUCUGAAAUGUUUCCUGUGCCUACUGCCUUCCCGAAGAAGUUAUCGGUAUUUUUAUUUCUCACUCUAGCAAAAAUAUACGAUAAUAGUCGUUAUACCGAUUAUGUAGAGUGUAUAGUCCAACAGCAUAGUAUCUCCAGAGCGCAUGAAAUACACAAUUGUGUAAGUUCUAGAAUAGAUUUUGCGAGUGCAAGUUCCUACCGUACUAGAUUUCUAACAAGAAUUAAAUGUUUUUAAGAACCUCAAUAUAAAAAGAUUAGGUACUAGUUGUGCUAUUCAGAAUAAAAAUUAUUUCAAAGCGCGCUUUCGGUCGCGGUCGCAAUUGAAGAUAUGAGUUGUUGAUACUUAUCAACAACCUAGUAAGUAAAAUCAUUCAGUAUCAGUUCAGGACUGUCUAGUAAAGAUAUAGAAAUCUUUGCAAUUGCAAUGUGCAUAGUUGAUCAGGAAGAAUUGUUUACGUGCGUCUAGCUGCGUGUAAUUUUAGAUUCGUGUGUUCCCGUCAGCCCAACUACUAGACUUUUUACUGCCGCUGCAUUUACCUUGAAAGCAUACACUAAUUAUAGUUUCGUUAUGUUCUGCACAAGCUCUAAUUCAGCUGAUGAGCGCUAAUAAUAAGUAUAUAGACGAGUUGAAGAUUUUUUAGUGGUCAGAAAAAAAUUACGCACCUAAACAUACUUAGAUCAGAAGAUCAUUCCUGAAGAAGACAUCUUGUUUUUCAUAUUUUUUCCGAAAAAAUAAAGCUUAUAUGAGUCUGGCCUUAGAUAUGUAGGUAUUUAACUAUUAAGCAUUUAAGAAUGAAACAGUAUUUGACCUACAGGGAUGAAGUAAAAUUGGUAU